CCCAUCAAGCGUCGAUGCCCCUGGGUUUGAUAUUUCUUAGUCAAAUCCUCUUGGGUUUUUAUUGAUUUAAACCAAAUAAUGUUGCCAAUAUUUGACUUUGAAAAAUCUUGCCUAUAAAUUUAAGUCUUUAUCAUCGUUCAUACUGUAUAUCGAUUUCACACAUGAUUUUUUGGUGCUCUGAUUUUAAUAAUAGAGGUUAGGCGAUGAUUAUUCUCUUGAGAAGUUUUAUUUUCCCUUUCUCGGAUUCUUUUCUUUUUCUUUUCGAUUGGAAGAAAGAUUCUGGGUAUUAAAAUUUUUUUUUCCCCUGUUUGGAAAAGUUUUAUUUUUCCUUUUUCUUAUAAAGAUUCUUUCUCUGUAUUGAAAGAAUUAAAAAGGGGCGGGGGUUCAGAAUAUCUUUUAAUUGUUCUGGAUGCUGUUCCUCUUGUGCUAAAUUUGCUUCUUUUCGUUAUUUGAGUGCUUGCACACCACAAUUCCUGUAGAUUCUCGGGGGCCGGAUUAAGGAAAAGGCUUCCUUAGCUACUUGUCAAUAACAGUUCUCAGAAUGGGAUGGCUUAGCAAAAUUUUCAAAGGUUCAAACCAUAAACUUUCAGAUGCCCAAUAUGGAACAGAUACAGUGGGAAAUUAUCCAUCAACUUCAUUGGAUACAACUUCAGAGAUUGAAGACAUAGAUCGUGCUAUUGCAUUAUCGCUUUCAGAAGAAGAUCAGAAGGGGAAAACUGUGAUUAAUAGUGAAUACCAGUUGGAAGAAGAUGAGCUGCUUGCCAGAGCUCUUCAGGAGAGCUUGAUUGUUGAGUCUCCACCUCAAAAUGGAAAUAGAAACAGCACUAGCGGAAGAUAUGGCAAUGAUCCAAUAGGAAAUGAAAACUUUUACCAACCUAUACCUUUUCCCUAUUCGACCGGCUUCAGGAUUUGUGCUGGUUGUAACACCGAGAUUGGUCAAGGGAGAUUUUUGAGUUGUAUGAGUGCAGUCUGGCAUCCAGAAUGUUUUAGAUGCCAUGCUUGCAAACAUCCAAUAUAUGAUUAUGAGUUUUCUAUGUCGGGGAGCUACCCUUAUCACAAAGCAUGCUAUAAAGAUUCUUAUCACCCAAAAUGUGAUGUGUGCAAAAACUUUAUUCCAACAAAUGCAGCUGGUCUGAUUGAAUACAGGGCACAUCCCUUUUGGUCCCAGAAAUAUUGUCCUAGUCACGAGCAUGACGGAACUCCUCGGUGCUGUAGCUGUGAGCGAAUGGAGCCAAGGGACACAAGAUAUGCUGCCCUUAAUGAUGGUCGGAAGCUCUGCUUGGAGUGCCUGGAUUCUGCAGUUAUGGAUACCAAUGGAUGUCAGCCUCUUUAUCUCGAUAUACAAGAAUUCUAUGAAGGGUUAAAUAUGAAAGUGAAACAACAAGUUCCAUUACUUUUGGUUGAGAGGCAGGCACUAAAUGAAGCCAUGGAUGGAGAGAGACAUGGCCAUCAUCACAUGCCUGAGACUCGAGGACUCUGUCUUUCCGAGGAACAAACUGUUAGUACGAUAUUGAGGCGACCAAGGAUGGGAGCCGGAAAUCGAGUCUUGGAUAUGAGAACAGAACCUUAUAAAUUAACACGCCGUUGUGAAGUGACAGCAAUUCUCAUUUUAUAUGGUCUUCCUAGGCUACUGACAGGAUCAAUUUUGGCUCAUGAGAUGAUGCAUGCUUGGCUGCGACUUAAUGGAUAUCAAAUUCUUAAUCAAGAGGUUGAAGAAGGUAUCUGCCAGGUGCUUGCCAAUAUGUGGUUGGAAUCCCAGAUUAUAACCAUAUCCGGCAGUGAUUAUGCAUCAACCUCAUCCUUGCCCCCUGCUUUCUUGCCAUCGACCGCACAGGGGACAGGAUCUCCAUUUGAGAGGAAACUUGGGGAGUUUUUCAAACACCAGAUUGAAUCGGACACAUCAGUGGUAUAUGGAAAUGGCUUUAGAGUCGGUAACCGCGCAGUGCUCAAGUAUGGCUUACAGAGGACCCUCGACCACAUCAGGAUGACAGGAACCUUUCCUUUCUAACAUAGAGGUCCAUUUUUUGUCAGAUCAUAGCUUGGCAUUAUCUUGUAUUAGAAUCUUGGAUCAUCCUAUAGGAAUUGUCUCAGUAUAGAAGUUUUCGGGGAAGAUUGACGGAGUCAUUUUUAUACCUUGUACAUCUCAUUUUCUUAAGAAAUCUGUAAAAUUGUAUUCAUUUUUUAUUCUUGUCAAUUGUCGAAGAAAUUUAGCAAUGAUAUGGAGCUUUUGUCCAUUUCA